AUGCAGUCCGCUGUUCUCCUCGCCCUCGGGGCGUCUCUCCUAUCCGGCGUCGUCGCCCACCCGCACCACAAUGAUCUCUCCUAUGCCGAGCUCACUCGCCGUUCGGACCUUUCGAAGCGCUGCGAGGGCGCCGCCGCAGCCAUGAACCGCAAGCGCUGGGCCAAGCGCAACGCGAAGCGCGAUCUCGCCACCCGCUCGGCCAAUACUACCUACACUAUUACUGCCGAGGCACCGUACUACGAUGUGCUACAGAACAACACUUGCAUCCUGACUGAGGAGGUCACUACGGGCCCGUACAUUUGGCCUCGCAGCCAGACGCUCCGUCAGGACAUGACCGAGGGCCAGGAGGGCGUGCCGCUGUACCUGGACAUUGGCGUCAUGGACGUCAACUCCUGCGAGCCGCUGCCCAACGUUCUGGUCGACGUCUGGCACUGCAACGCCACGGGUAGCUACUCGUCGUUCACCGGCCUGAGCCCGGAUACCCCGUUCGAGACGCUCCUCGAGCAGCUCAAUGCCACCAUCGGUGACGACCUGCACACCGACGACACCACGUUCUUGCGCGCAAUGUGGCCCACCGACGACAACGGCAUCACCGAGUUCCGCACCAUCUUCCCGGGCUACUACGUCGAGCGCACGGUGCACAUCCACGUGCAGGUGCACGACAACUGGAGCGUGCGGGCCAACGGCACGGUGGCCUCGUCCGAUACCAUCUCGACGGGCCAGGUCUUCGCGGCCGAGGACCUGACGCAGCAGAUCGUCGCCCUCGAGCCCUACAACAGCCACACGGGCAUCAACCGCACCACCAACGCCGUCGACAGCAUCUACUCGGAGGAGACCAAGAACGGCUUCGACCCCGUGCUCAGCAUCGUGCCCCUCGACGGCGAGGACGUGACAAAGGGCAUGGUCGGCUACAUUACCAUCGGUGUGGAUACUGAGGCCCAGGGCGCCAUCAGGAGGAAGUUGAGGAAGUUGUAG